UAAACAAUUUAUAAUUUUAAGCCAGCUGUGCAAAAUUAUACGUAGCUGCCCUCUCUAAAAUACAAAAACCUUGGCGGCUUUUCCUUAAUAUUUCAUGUUUUGUUGAAAAAUACCAUCAGGAAUUUAUAUGUGAUAUAAAGUACAUUUUUAAAAUUUCCCAUUUGAAAACAUCAUCGUCUGAAAUGUUCAAUUCAUUGUUGUCUGUUAUGCAUGAAAAUAAUAAAUCUGCAUAUACUUCUCACAAAAGCAUUUAUUGUUGAAUUAGAAGAUUGAACUGGAGUGUUCUAUAUAAGUACACAUAUUGGACCUCCUACAUAUGUCAGUAUUAUUAUUUUAUUACUCUCCCCUAUCAUAAAGGACUUCUGGAGGAACCAGCGUAAAUGAUUCACCACCUGUAAUAAAAACUAAAUGAGAAAUUUAUCUAGUUAUUUUAAAUAAAUGUAUUUCGAUGGAAAUACUUAUUUUCAAACCGGCUGUAAUUGUGUGUUGACUAUAGGCUUUGCAUUUGCAUUCUUUCGGUAUCUAGAUCUUUUUCUGCGGAUGACACAGACAUGAAAAAAUAAGUCUACACAGGUAAACAAAAUGACCAAUCCAUUGGGAACAGAAUCCUUAUGCUGCACUUUCUCAGAUACUGUAUUCUUUUAAUUACCUGUGGAAAGUUUGGUGUUUGGACAAGUCGUUUAAGCUGGCCUAAAAAGUUCUCAAAUGGAGAUCCAGUGCCAUGGAUCAGUCCGUGCCUCAAUUAAGUGUUUUUUCAGACUUUUAACCCUUUUGUGACUCACGGACUAUAACAGUGGUAUGUUCAAUGUAUAUGGUUGAAUGGAUAAAAACAUAGGAAAGGGUUAACUGUGUUAAGUGUUUAGUGAACAGUUGGUUUGGGUGGGAACGAGUUGUGGACAAUUACUCAGGCCCGGGAUACCGAGAGAAGAAGGCGUGCCUGAGUCACGAGUUGUAAAUCUCCCUAGUUGAGAUUUUGUGUAUAGUAGCAGGGUAGUGUCGAUCGACGCUGGAUGCGGCGCGGUACUGACCCGUUUUUGGAUUAACCUCCCCUAGACGAGGUUUUAAUCGUAUGGGCGGAUUUAACUGGAGCUCUUCUGGGUAAAAAAGACUCGCCUGCCAGGACCAUUCCGUGAUCGACGUGAUUUUGUUUCCGCACCCAGCAGCACGUGCGUUAGGAGCCCCGUGACGUCACCGCGGAUCGAGUACGUCCACGACACGGCCAUGUGUACGGCCAUCGUGUGUGUGUGUGCUUGUGUUAUUGGAUUAUAGUUGGCUGGACAUGUGGAGAGCGACAACCCUGAGGGACAAUGAACUAAGCCAUAUUCUCCCGGGACAUGACAACCAUAGGACAGCAGCUCUGUACAAUGGAUGGUAUAACCAGAAAGGAACAAGAGGCUACUUCUCAGAAUCUCUCGUCAAUUGAUGUCGCACAAGCGAUGAGAAGACCCAGACAUUGGACAAUAGAGAACCAUUGUAUCCUUGGACAGGACAAGCAAAGGACAGCAUUUCUUGACAGUGCCAUGUGUAACCAGAAAGAAACGAGAGAAUUGAUGCCACACGAGGCUAAGAAGACCCAGAAAUAUGACGAUAGAGAAGCCAUAUUCUCCCGUGAGAUGACAACCCAAAAUGGGCAGCAAGCUCUGCUUACAGUGGAUUUUACAUAA